UCUCUUCUUAUAUGAACAAAGAUUAAAAUUAUGUGUUCUACGGAUAAAACUAAGAAGAAUCGUUAUUCUCACAACAUUUGGACCAUGAUAUAACGAAAAGAACUCAUUUUGCUGCAUUAAAGUAUGAAUUUCAACGACGAUACAGGUACAAGACAGCAUGGCUGUAAUGUCGACGACGGUACAAGUCAACACAGCUAUCAUAUCGACGACGAAAAAUCAACUAAGGUCUACAUCGGAAAUCUUAUUGAUAAUAUCGGGAACGAUAAACUACAAAGAGAGUUUGAAAAAUUUGGCCAAAUAGUAAAGGUUUGGAUAGCUAGGAGUCCCUUCUCCAGGGGAUAUGCUUUUGUUGACUAUGCAGAUCCAAACGAUGCUGAACAGGCAAUUAAAGAGAUGAACGGUAAAGACAUUUUCGGCGGGAAAAUUCUCGUUCAAUUGUCAAAACAGGACAAUAAAAAAUGGCACCCACCAUGUAGUCAAACUAAAUAUUCAGACGUUAAAUACGAGUACGAAUUUAAAUCUGCAAGCACUUUAAAUAAUAAAAGAAAAUCUCGUGAUAGAUCAUGCAGUCGAUCAAAUGACAGGGUUUCAAGUAGAUAUGAACAGUCUGAGGUACAUUUACGUAGCAGUCGACAUCCAAGUGAACGAAUUUACGACAGAGACACGGUUUCAUCUCGAAACCGUCACCGCGAUUCACCCCGAAGACGCAGUAGGUCACAUGAUCGACACUCAUCACGACAGCGUAAUCGAUCGCCCGAUCUGUCACCAAGGAGAAGAAGAUCUACAGACAGAAAUACCAGUGGAAGUUCUGAAUACAGUAAUAAAAGAUUGACAGUAGACGAGAGUAUGAUAGCCCAAAUAAAAGAGUCUGUAAUAAAAGAAGCAUUACCACAAAUGUAUUCGUUGCUAUUCCGGGAGAUACUUCUUUUAAAUGACCCAAUUAAGAUGCAAAAUAUGUUACAAGUAUUACCAAAUCCAUCUUAUGUACAGGGAAAUGCAGCCAAUCAAAUCAACACUUUGGCUACAAAACUUCCUAAUCCUGGCAACUUUUUAAGAACUACCAGUCCUGGUUACAAUGGUAAUCAGACAUGGGGUUCCAACCCUUCAUUUCAAUACAGCGGACCAACGUCAUCUAGCAAUUUAUCUAUGAAUUCUGUAAUCACGAGCUCUCACAAUGUAGGACAGCAAUAUUCAAUGCAUAACCCAGGAAUCCUGUCUACGCCAACUUUAUUAUCUUCUCCAAACACUCAAAGGAACUUUUCUUCGUUCCCACAACAUUCUACGCCAAAUUCAACGUUCAUAAACUUGAAGGACAGACAACAUGUACCUGGUUUUACCGAUGGGAAAUGUCUUACACAAAACCAAACGACUUAUGUUCAAUAUCCUUCAAAGAUGAAUGAAAAACCCUAUUCUACCAACAAUGGAACGACAACUAACCAAUUACCCAAGCAGCAACUAUAUAGUACUAGUAGUCAGGACAAACAUCGCCAGUUGCAGUGACCAGCUGCAUAAAAAACAAGAUUACAUUGAAAUGCUGUCUUUGAAAUUUACGGACAAUGUGUUUGAAUGAAGCGACAUACACCC